UCGUUUGCAAGGACAGAGUCCAGGACAGCCGAGACACAGACAGCACGCUAGAACAUGUUUAGGCUGGUGCCGUUUUAAUUUUUCUCCGGCAGAACUUUUGCUGUGCUUUUCUGGUGUACAGUGCAGCGUGAAUGGCAGGGUUCUCUACGCUGACCCGCGUGAUUAUGUGAAAACGUUGGUAUGAGUCAUUCAACGUAUAGUUGGGGUCAUUCUCUGAACAGGAAAAGGGCAGCUCAACAGGAAGGUGCAAUGGAAAAGAGACUACGCUCUUUCUUCCUGGCUAUCCUGUUGCAGGCCCUCUUUUCCCAGCGCGGUGACUGCCUGUCAGUUAAAGUUCUGAAUCCUCAGCUGGAAUAUGUGGUUAAAGGACAAACGCUAACUUUACAAGCCCGGAUAGUCCCACAGGAUGGUACAGUCUCCAUGGUAACAUGGGAGCGUGAGACAGAGGGCAAAGGAGGGAACGUGGGGAAAGUUAAGGUAGCCGAAUUCCCUGGAAAAACCAAUGGGAAUCGAGUGAGCAUGGAACAGCAAGGGACGAUUUUGAAGCUCAGAGACUUCAGAGCAGAGGACGUCGGCGUGUACACGAUUACCGUCACUCACACAGGCGGAACAAAGAGUUCGGCAAACUGCACGGUCAAGGAAUACGAAGCCAUACACCAUGUCUCGGUCAUGGUAAACGCAUCUCAUUCCAGCCUGCACUGUAUCGAAGCCUGGGGCACAGAGCCCAAAUUCAGCUGGCUACAUGAGAAAGUAGCCGUUACCGAAGCGGUGGGCUAUGUCUCUGCAGACGGCACGUGGCUCUUUCUUUCCACCGAGGUUUGCGGGCACUUCACCUGUGUGGUGAGCAACAAGCUAGGCCACAGUUCAGCCACGUACACCGCCGAGCCGUGUGAGGGAUCGGGCAGGAGCACUGCCGUUGCAGUGGUCUGCCUCGUCAUCUUAAUUCUGUUGGCUGGAGUUCUAGGCUACAUUGUCUGGAGGAGACACAGGAGAUACAGCAUCAGGCGUGAGAGACUUCGAGAGCCGUUCGAGGGGACUUUAUAACCAUAAGUCUGAUGACCUGCAUUUACUUAAAUACAGGAAUAAACACACAUUAACAAGAAGUGGACUAAGUCUUAAAAGAUAAACUUCCUGUACUCCCACAAAGGUGACCUUAAUGUACCUUGUAAUGGACGAGAAAGCUGAUUGUAUAUUAGCUAUAUGAAGCCUUAAGGGAAAAGAAACCUUUGCUGUAAUUCUUGUUGUUUAUCAGUUGAUGUCAUUAUAUUUAUGGAGUUGGUAUGUAUGAAAUGCAUGCAGGAUUAUGCUACAUUUGCCUUAAAAGGUUGUCUGUAUAUGUUACUUUUUUUUUUUUUUUCUUUUUUGCUCUGCUUUGCGUAACAUAUUUAUAUAGUGUAUGAAGUUUUAUGGGUUUUUUUACUUUGCACAACUAUGAAAUCUAAGUUUUAUGA